ACUCUGUAUAUCGCUUCGCUAAUUCUCGCUCUGUCUUUUAUGUAACUCUUUCUGUUUUUUCUCGGUCAGUCACUCUCUUUAUAACUUUACUCAUUUCACAUUGUUUCUCAUUUUCUCUCUCUCUCCCCCUCUCCUCCCCCUUUCUCUACAUUUUAGUAUUAUGGGUUGGCUUUCUUUUCGCCAUAUUGCAAAACACGCUAUUUAUUCCCUCAUGAUGAUGGGGCCUAUCGUGUGCUUUGCACCGAUUUCUGCGGAAACCUAAUUCGAUUUCUCAAAUUAUAAAAGUAACGAACCAGAAAAAAAAAACCCAAAAAACAACAACAUCGAUAUAUAAGCGUUUGAAGGAGAAAAAUAAGAUACAUCGACAAAAGGAAUUCUAACUCUGACGAAAUAAUUAGGAUAAACAAACCCCCCUCGUUUUUUUCUCUUCAUUAUGGAAGCCGUGAGGGCGUUCAACAAUGAGUUAUCUGGUCUUUAUGAAGCCAAGCCGCCCGUGUCUAGGGCAAAAAUGGCCCAGCUGACUAAAUGUGCCAUUAAAGCCAUCAAGUUUUAUAAACAUGUUGUUCAAAGUGUUGAGAAAUUCAUUCAAAAGUGUAAAUCCGAAUACAAAGUUCCAGGAUUAUAUGUGAUUGACUCCAUUGUGCGGCAGUCCCGACACCAGUUUGGUGCUGAGAAAGAUGUAUUUGCACCAAGAUUUACCAAAAAUGUAGUGCUGACAUUUCAAAAUCUCUUCAAAUGUCCUCCUGAUGAAAAGAGCAAAGUUGUUCGUGUAUUGAAUUUGUGGCAGAAAAAUGCUGUUUUCCCUGUUGAGGUCAUUCAGCCCUUGUUGGAUCUAGCUGGGGAACCUACCAAUCCAGAGUUAAUAGCUUCAGCUCAGCGAGCAGUUGAUGGCCUUGUGGCUGUAAGUCAAAAGUCUGGAAAUGCUACCAACCAGUUUUCUGGAGAACACCAUUCACAUGAAGCUGCUGGACAGGUUCGGCAUGAGAAGGAGUUACCAUCAGCAAGCUCUCUUCUGGAAGCGCAGAAUGACAUGCUAGACACCGUGAAGCAAUUACUUCAGCAAACACAAAAGCAGCCAACAAGUCUGAGCGCUCAGCAACAACAGCUUCAACAACUGCAACUACUCCAGCAGCAGUUACUACAGCAGACCGAGCUGAUGCAGCAGCCGGCCCAACAGCAGCAGGCAGCAGCAAUUAUUGAUAGUAACCUUUUGUCACAGAUCCAGACUUUGACAAAUCAGUUGCUCAACAAUCAAAUCAAGACAUUACACUCUAAACCUCCUGAGCCUGGAUUCAAUAAGAAGUUGCUGGACUUUGAUUAUGGGGAAAGUGAUGAUGAGGAAGACAAGCAUGAAGAUAACUCUGAUGGCAUCCCUGGGAAUGUCCAGAAUAUUUUGAAUGAUCCAACAAUUAUGCAGCAGAUCCACCAAAUGUCUCAAACCAUCAAGAAGACGGAACAACUAAAGAAUGAACUCAACAUGCAGGAACAGAUACGGCAGCAACUUCUGAAGCAGCAGGAGAAAGAGUUUAAUCAACAGAUAAGUCAAGAGCCACCUCCACAAAUUCAACAUCAUAUCCCUGUGGCACCGCAGAUGCCACCUCAGCCACCCCCGCCGUCGCAAAUAAUCCAAAACCAACCCCCUCCAAUGCAUCCACAAAUGCCUUACUAUGUUUCUGAACCUCCAUAUCCAGCACCACCAAAUCAGAAUGAUCUCUCAGAGCGUAUGGAAUUGGACAACCGACAUGACCGUCACUAUGGCGAUGUGCCUAAUGCCGAGGUGAUAGUUAUUGAUGAUCAGCCUGAUAUCCAUAAAACCUCUCGCAACAGGGAUCGAUCAAGGUCCAGAUCACCUCGACGCAAGAAGAGAUCUAGGUCAAGAUCUCGGGAGAGGCGGAGACGAUCUCGUUCUCGAGAUCGUGACCGAGACAGGGAUCGAAGUGACAGAGAAAGAGACAGAGAUCGGCGCAAGCGUUCAAGAUCACGGGAAAGAGAAAGGGAGCGCCAGCGAGAAAAAGAACGGGAACGCAGAAGAAAGGGGCUUCCAUCCAUUAAAGAGAGACACCUUAGUGUGUGUACAAGAACUAUAUGGCUGGGUCAUAUAGCCAAAGUUACUUCUGAAGAUGAACUGCGAUUAGAAAUAGAAAAGUAUGGUGCUGUGGAAAGCAUAAAUAUGAUUCCUCCCCGAGGAUGUGCUUUUGUAUGUAUGGCAAGGAGAAAAGAUGCUCCUAAAGCUGUGGAAAAAUUGAAGGGAGUGAAAAUACAUUCUAACCAGUUAAAAGUUGCUUGGGCUCCUGGGAUAGGUGUAAAGGAUGCAGAAUACAAAGAUAUGUGGGAUGCUGAAUUGGGUGUAACUUACAUUCCUUGGGAAAAAUUGCCACAAGAUUUGACUCACCUAAUGGAAGGUGGCAUGAUAGAUGAAGACACUAUUCCUGAACACCUCAAAGCUGGUUUGCAACUUGAGAAAACAGAACCAACUGGAACAAACAACAUAGAAGAACCUCAACAGAAUUUUAAGAUGAAUGAAGUGAAUAUAACAAACCCUCCAAUAGCAGUCCCUCCUCCAACAGCAAUACCUCCACAACAGCCUCAACUGCAAGGACAACCUAUGCCAAGAAUGCUAAUGCAAAUCCCACCUCCAACUGGCAUGAUGCCUCCGAUGAUGAUGCCAAUUGCUCCGGGAAUGCCUCGCCCACCAACCACAGGUGUACCUCCACCUCCAUUAGGAAUGGCACCAGCAUCGACAGCCUCAGCAGUUCUUGCUCCUCGACCAGUGCCUCCGGUUCCAACUGCUGCUGGAGUGUCUAUAUCUUUGCCAACGAUGGCUCCAACUGUUGUAUUGACUACAGUGGCAUCAAACAAUCCUGCCAUGCCUUCAUUACCGCCACCAGGUUUAGUGCAGCUUCCACAGUCUCUUCAGAAUAAUUUAAGCAGUUCCAUUCUUGCUACAGGCGGCAUAUCAGUUCCUCCUAGACCACCCCCACCUAAUUUCGCAGCGCAACUUCGACAACAGCCUAGGCCAUUCCCACCUCAGCCAUUUCCUGGAGGUCCAACGUUUCGCUUGCAAGUUCCAGCACCUGCUCCGGAGGGUGCUAGGGCUAUUGCUAAUGUUAGACCUCCCCUUGACACAAAUGCUACUCUGACUGCUCAAGAAUCCAAAGAAAACAUUAGUGAAUCUAGUCAGCAGGAUGAUUGGCUGAAGCGAAGCACAGAACCAGCCGGUGAUGAUGCAGAGUCUGAAACGAAACAUGAAGGUAUCACCACUCAAACUAUUGAACCAACUUCUGAAGUGUUACAAACACCCACAGGAACAAUGCCAGCUAUAUCUGCAACAUUACAACAGAUGCUUGCCCAGCGUCCACCUCCAAAUCCAGGAGUAGGGAUGCGUCCCCCUCUACCACCUGGAAUGGCACCACGUCCCGGUAUCAAUGGCCCGCCUACUGAACUUCGUCUCGGUGGACCAAGCGGACCUCUUUUAACAGGUCCACCUAACCGAGCCACUGCUAUCGGUAUACCAGGUAUGCCUGCUGGUAUUGCCAUUGGUCCUCGGGCCAUAAGUGUAGAUGGCCCUCCGCCAGGCUUUCCAGCUGGCCGGAUGGGCUUGCCUGGAGGACCACGAUUUACUCCCCGGUUUCCUCCUGUAUUUCCAGGGGGCCCACCUCCCAGAUUCCAGGGUCCUAUGGGAACUAUGCUACGACCACCACGUCCAGAUGCAGAUGGCAGGUUUCCUGCCAACACAUUUACUAAUAAUGGUACGUUUGACAGAGCUGGUUUUGAACGUGCCAUACGUCCAUUUGGUCCUAUUGGUCCUAGACCUGACCGGCCAGCUAAUGAUAGGUGGAUGGGGAGAGAUAGAUGGGCACCCAGAGAAACUGGUCCUGGGAUGCGGUUCCGAAGGGAUUUUGACCAGAGGGAUGAGUUCUUUGACCGAUCUCGCUAUGUUCUUGAUAAUAGAGAUCCUGAUCGCAAUGCAGGAGGGAGACGAAUGUCCAGGUUUGAUGGGGAGGAAGAUCACGAAGGUGAGCGUCCUCCUCACCAUUACGAGGACGAUCGCUCUCUACAUGAAGACGAACAUGCUCGUCAUGGCGAUGACAGAGAUCGCUCAAGACGAGACGACGAGAGGGAUCGGUUGCGACACGUGGAUGAACGUGACCGACUCAGGCGUCCCGAUGAGAGGGAGCGAACCCGGCAUGAUGACGAUAGAAAUAGGUUACGUUACGAAGUUAGAGAUCGAUUUAGGUUUGGUGAUAAUGGAAGAGAAGGUCCAGAAGGAAUUAGACCUAGAAACCGUGAAGAUCGUCCCAGAAAGUCCCGCUGGAGCGAUGUUGAUGAUAAGGCUGUGGAGACUCCUUCGAUGGAAGCUCCUUCGUUAGAAACUAUUAAGGCAUUUGACACAAUUCCUGAAAAUGCUAAUGCAUUGCCAGACACUGAUAAUGCUGAGGAGUCGGUUGCCAUGGAGAUUUCUGAUGCUCCUGGUGAUGUUACUCCAACCUGUGAGGAAUUAGAAGAUGCUGUAAACAGCAGCCAACCAGAGAAUUAUACGGCAAAUGAGGAGUUUCCAGCCACUCCCGUUGCAGACUUCGUUCCUUCAGAGGAAUUUUCUCUCACAGAAAAAUACCAUCCGGCUGAAGAAACACCUGACGACCAGCCGCCAUUGUCUGGCUCACCCCCUGAAGAAGCCCCGGUUGACAGUUUCAUCCCCACUGAUAGCUCUCCCCCUGCAGUGGAUUUUACUCCAAUGGAGUCUGAUGCACCUGUGGAAAAUUUUGAUGCUCCAACCCCUGAGAAUUUUCCUCUGCAGCACGGGGAUGAUGAUGAUGAUGAUAAUAACAAUGAUGAUAACAACAACAAUUACUUUAAUGAUGAUGAUGAUGUUGUUGAUAGCAACAACAACAACAGCAACAACAACAAUAAUGAUGAUGAUAAUAUUAAUAACAUCAAUGAUGAUGAUGAUGAUGAUAUUGAUAUUAGUAAUAACAUGGCUUUGCCGUCUGAAAAUGAAACUCCUAGCUUCGCUGAAAGCUCUCCUCCUCCUGCCCUAGAGGAGGAAUUCUCUUCAACAGAAAAUUUUAUCCCUCCUCAAACAGAGGAAUUUACCCCUAUGAAAAACUGCUCUCCAGAGGAGCCUAUGAACGAGGCAGAUGAGUUCCCUUCAGUGGAGGAUGAGGUUUCAGAAAUGACAAAGGCAGAGGAACCUGAGUAUCCAACCGGUGAGGAAUCACCAUUACAGAGUGAAGAACAGACAACAGCUUGUGAUGAAAAUGAUGAAGAAUAAUAAUAAUAAUUAUAAUAAUGAUAUAUAAUAAUAAUAAUAAUAAUCAUCACCAUCAUCACCACCACCAUCAUCAUCUACAAGAAUAAUUUCUACCACUACUACUAUUGCACUUAGUUUACUUUUUCCUCAUCUCUCAACCCUCUCUCUCUCUCUCUCUCUCACGCAAACACUCUCACAAUCUCUUUCUGUUGACUCUCUCUCUCUCUCUCAAACAUUCUCUUCAGUGUGCAUGCAUGCAUGUAUGUGUGUGAGGUGUUUGAGUUACAUAUGCAGCUAUGUCUGUGUGUGUAUAUGUACAUAUGCUUGUGUGUGUGUGUGUGCGUGCAUGUAUGUUCAUGCACGCAUGUGUUGGUGUAUGUGUUGGUACACAUGCACAUAUAUGCACACGUACAUGUAAACUUGCUUGCUCAUGCAUGGUGAACGUAAGCAUCUUGAUAAUAGUCUUUAUAAGUAUUCGUUAUUUUAAGUUUAAUUUAUUAAUGUUGUGGGUUUUUUAUAAAAAAGAAAAAAUCAGUGUAUGAUAUAGUUGUAUUUUUAGAAAGGUCAUCAGGUGCGUUGAUGCUGGGAUGAGGGAAGAUUAAAAUGAAAGAGAAUGAACAAGAAACAUCUGACUAUUCUCAAUUAUAUAAUAUCUCCUAAUAUAUGGAGGAAUAAUGCUUGUUAGUGAAUCAGACUUUAGACUUGAUCCUCCUUUUUAUUUCAUCUUAUGAAAUUUUCUUUUACUUAAGAUGUCUUUUAUUUUCAAAUAUAUAAUACAUACAUGCACUCAUACAUAUUUGGUAUCAUAGGUGUGGCUAUGAGAAAAUUUUCAGAUUUUAUAAUUUUUACAUCAGGGGAAAAAAAAAAGAAAGGGAAAAUGUAAUAAAAAAAAAAAAAAGGCUUAAGAUAUUACCCCCUCUCCCCCAUUCCGCAUAUCCACACAGUUUCAGAAGUUUAUAAAAGAGAAAGAAAAAAAAAAAUACUCAAAAGUUGAUGGAGGAUGAAAUUAAUGAUGGAAAUUACAACAAUUUAGAGAGAAAAAAAAAAAAAACUUAAAAAAAUUAAA